AUUGUACGCACAUAAUGUGGAAGUUUCUCAUUACGCUCACGAGCUGCUUCUGUAUGAAGCGCUCCAACAAGGUGUCCCCUGUAGUGGAGGGAGAUGUGGAGAAGGAACCAGCACCAGAAGAGGAGGAAAUGAACCGCGGGACCACCGAAUGUCCAGUGGUGACCGCACAGCCUCCAAUGUCGCAGCCAAGGUCAAGCAAGUCGUCGGCCGACGUCCUUGCUGAGCUUCGACAAGACGGCCUGUUGCCCCUCAACACCCGGGGCGAGUCCGUCGCUUUCCAGGUGCUAGUCAAGCCCGCCUCCGAGCCCGACGCGCCCCCUCGCCGCCCAGUUAAGCUUGCGAAACUGGAGGAAACUCUCCAGGAGAGGCGCGAACGGGUCAAGAAGGAGUCCGCGGGAUCACGCACUAAACUGAGACAGCAACUCAGUGACGCCGCCAACAGACGUGACGAGAUGUUACAGAAUAGAUCACGAAAACUUGCAGAGAGCUCUAGGAGAGCAAAGGCCAAAGCAAGGGCAGCCAAGAAGGAGGGCAAGAGCACUGCCUUUGUUAUUUCCUCUGUCAGCGACACGGACGCCAUCGUUCCCCGGGACUCGGAGAAGGCGCAGGCUUUGGAGAAACGUCUCAGCAAGAGGAGAAAACGCGUCGCGAAAAGGAUCACAGCGGAAGACAUGAAGAAACAGCAGGAGUUAGCAGCUGAACGCAGGAGGGAGAACAGGAAAGAGACAGCAUGGAAGGCCAAAAUGUCGGGGAUGAGCAGCUGGGAUAAGGCUCUCGACUUCUAAUCAUAUUUAGAGAGUGGGAGAUCUAGAGGCCUGAUUUGGACGAACAGUUGGAGACUGGCCACGUUUAUGCUCUGGGUUUUGAUAAAAUUAAUUGAAAAAUUUGAAGAAAAAAAAAACAACGUUUCAAUACAUUUGUCACGCUAAAUAACUGUAUAAGAAGUAGGGUGUUUUCUUCCAGACAUGAAUUUUGUGUUUCUGCCAAGAGGUUCAGAAUGACGCAUGUAAUUUUUCGCCAUCCGUCACGUUAGAUAAUUGUACAAGACUCGAUGCGUUUUUUCCCGACAGAAUUGGUUUUUUUUUGCCAUUAUUGAGUAGCUUUAGAAGUUUCUUUGACUGCAAAAUAAGCAAAAUCUUUAAAAAAAUGACUACUUUUUUUAACAUAACGUUCACAUCUGGGUUUGUUUUGAUAAUUUGAAAAAAAGGUUAACAGACACUUACUGCUGUUGAUUGUAGGUAUCAGCAGAUACAUUUAUUAUACUUUCUCCUUCACAGCGAGGGGUUGAGCACUCGCAUUUUGUACAAAACUGUAAAUAAAGUCAAACUACGGUUUCCGCAUCUUUCAAUACGAGUAUCAUG